UCUUCAAAAAUAAAAUAAAAAAAAAAAAAAGUUGCUUAAUUUUGAAAUGGAAAAUGUGGACUAGUAACGGAGGUUGUGCGGCCAAAAUGGCACAACAUUUGUUUUUUUGUGUGUAUUUGCCCACCUAGAGAGGCUUAGAGGAAAAGACCACGCCCCCAAAUGAAUGCCACCAACCAGCCCCUGAUCCUCGAGCCCAAGGCCACAGAUGUGGCAACAACACCAGCACCACCACCAGCAGCAGCAGUAGCAGUGGAAGCAGCAGCGGCAGCAACAUCUGUAGAUGUUGCAGAUGCAACAUCAGCAGCAGCAGGAGCAGGAGGAGCAACAUCGGUGGAUAAUAACUGCCUUUGCGAGAGAUCAUCUGGAGUUAGUGGCGGUAAUGGAGGAGGAUUAUUAAAUGGUCACAAUGGGCAACACAACAACAACAAUAACAACAAUCACAGCAGUAACAACAACAACAACAAUAGUCAUUCAAAUGAUGACAACAACAAUGAUGAACGAAAUGAUGAUGAAGAUCGUGAGGAGGAUGAUGAUGAGGAGGAGAGAAGGACGAGUGAGCCGCAGGAUGUUAAGGAUGUGUUGACGAUUAUUAAGACACCGUUGAAUAAAACACUCUUGAAGAAAUGCAACACCAAUGGCAGCUUGUUGCUGCCCCACAGCAACAACAAUAAUAAUAUACGCAACAAUAACAAUAAUAACAACAGCAACAAUAAUAAUAAUAAUAAUAUUAGUAAUAUUAAUAAUAAUAAUGAUUUGGAUUCCGGUUUACAAAGCGGAAAUAGCAAUGACCAUCAUCAUCAUAUAUACCAUCAUCAUCAUCAUCAUUAUCAUCAUCAUAAUGCGGCAAGAGAGGGUGGAGAAGGCGAUGUUGCUGCUGCUGCCUCUGCCACAUCCUCAUCCACAUCCUUGCUUAAAACUGAAGAGCAGCAGCAACAGGAUACCAAUGACAAUCAAUCAGCAGGAGCAGGAGGAGGAGGAGGAGGAGGUGCAACAGGACUAACAGGAUCUGCAACAACAUGCAAUCCCAGCAAGUGCAACAAGUGCAAUGCCCACAACAAUAAUAGCAACAACAACAAUAAUAAUAAUAAUAAUACCCUAAGCAACAACAACAAUAUUAAUACCAGCAACAACAACAACAAUAUACAUUACAACAAUUAUAAUAAUUAUUAUAAGAAAAAGUCUCGUAUGCCGCCCAUUUGCCGAAUUAUGACACUGAGCCGUGGCCCGUACAGCGAGCUCGAUAAAAUGAGCCUUUUUCAAGACCUCAAACUCAAACGGCGGAAAAUCGAUUCGCGAUGCAGUAGCGACGGCGAGUCCAUCGCGGACACGUCCACCUCCUCCCCGGAUCUCCUCGCCCCCAUGUCGCCCAAGCUCUGCGACAGCGGUGGCGGCGGUUCAGUGGCAUCCGCAGCAGCAGCAGCAGCGGCCGCAGCAUCUGGGGCAAGUAAUCUGCCACUGCCACUGCUACCAAUGGCUUUGACGCUGCCCCUGCCACUGCCACUGCAACCUGUUGCUAGCCAGCCAUCGGCGGUGACCGUUUCCCUGGCAGCGGUCGUGGCAGCCGUACCCGAGGGAGGAGCGGGUGCAGGAUCUAGAGCCGGAACGGGACAAGGAUCUGGAUCGGGGACGUCGGUGACAGCUUCGAGCGGCGGUGGCGGAGGCACAUGCAUCUCCACCACCUCGCCCACAUCCUCGACAACGGCGGCAGCCGCCACCUCGUCCACCUCCUCGCUAUCCUCCUCCUCCACCUCCUCGUCAUCGUCGUCGUCUUCGUCGUCCUCCACCUCGUCGUCGUCGUCGUCAUCGCCUUCGGGCGGAGCUGCCGCCAGCACGGGUGGAGGAGGAGGCGGUGGAGCUGGCAGCGGGGUGGCCACAUCCUGUCCAGCCAGCAGCAGUAGCAACUCAAAGAGCCACAUCAGCAACAUCAAGCAAGAGCAAACGGAGAUCCACUCGUCGAGCAGUGCGAUCUCGGCGGCUGCCGCCUCCACGGUGAUGUCCCCGCCCCCGGCCGAAGCCCCCGCAGAGGCAGGACCCGGAGCUGGAUCCGGAGCGGGUGCAGCGUCCGCAGGAUCGAAGGAUGAACACCAAAAUAAUGGCAAUGGCAGUGGCGGCAGCAGUCGUGCCUCUCCAGACUCCCUCGAGGAGAAGCCCUCGACAACAACAACAACAACAACGACUCCGGGUCGCCUCAAUGCCACGCCCACGAACGGAGUGGCCGGCGGCGGAGGAGUCGGUAACGGCGGCGGUGAGUCCGGAAUGAGUGUGAUACGAUCCGUGAAGGAGGAGCGCCUGCUGAGCGUGUCCAGCAAGAUGCUGGCCUUCCAUCAGCAGCGCGAGCAGGAGACCAAAGCAGCGGCAGCGGCGGCGGCAGCAGCGGCGGCAGCGGCGGGACAUGUUACGGUUCUAGUGACGCCCUCAAGAAUCAAAUCAGAGCCACCGCCCCCAGCCUCACCCUCGUCAACGUCCACGAAUCCCCGGGAUCGGGGCGAUCGGGAGCGGGAGCGCGAGCGGGAGAGGGAGAGAGAAAGGGAAAGGGACAGAGAAAGAGACCGAGAAAGGGACAGAGAAAGAGAAAGGGAGAGGGAGCGGGAGAGGGAGCAAAGUAUUAGCUCAUCCAUGCGUCUGAGUGGAAGUCCUGCAUCGCCACAUUUGGGCGCCACCAUCGUCCAGACCCAUCAUCUUCACCAGCAACUCACCCAGCCCCUGACCCUCCGCAAGAGCAGUCCGCCCACGGAGCACCUGCUGAGUCAGUCCAUGCAACAUCUGACGCAGCAGCAGCAACUGCAUCUGCACCACCUCCUUGGCCAGCAGCAGCAGCAACAGCAGCAGCAGCAACACUCGCCGCAUGCUCUGGUGCGGGUGAAGAAGGAACCGAAUGCGGUCCAGAGGCAUCUAUCGCCGCAUCAUCACCAGCAACAGCAACCCCAACAGACCACACACCUGCAACAGCAACAUCAGCAGCAGCAGCAACAGCAGCAGCAGCAGCACCACCUGCAGCAGCAACAGCAGCAGCACCACCACCAGCAACAACAACAACAGCAUCAUGCCCAGCAGCAGCAGCAGCAACACCACCAGCAGCAGCAACAGCAGCCGCAGGCCCUGGCCUUGAUGCAUCCGGCAUCGUUGGCCUUGCGGAACAGCAACCGGGACGCGGCCAUCUUCCUGCGGGUGAAGAGCGAGGUGCACCAACAGGUGGCCGUUGGGCUGCCGCAUCUGAUGCAGUCCGCCGGAGGAGCAGCCGCUGCAGCCGCCGCCGCCGUGGCGGCUCAGAGGAUGGUGUGCUUCACGAAUGCCCGGAUCAAUGGCGUGAAGCCGGAAGUGAUUGGCGGCCCGCUCGGCAACCUGCGACCAGUGGGCGUGGGCGUGGGCGGCGGACAGGGCGGUGGGGUGGGCACAGUGCAGUGCCCCUCGCCGCAUCCCUCCUCCUCGUCCUCGUCGUCGCAGCUGUCGCCGCAAACCCCCUCGCAGACGCCGCCACGCGGCACCCCCACGGUGAUCAUGGGCGAGAGCUGUGGCGUCCGCACCAUGGUCUGGGGCUACGAGCCGCCGCCGCCCAACCUGCAGCAUCCCGGCCAGCAUCCGCAGCAAUCGCCGCAGCAGCAGCAACAGUCGCAGCAGCAACAGCAGCAGCAGCACCAGCAGCAGCAACAGCAGCAGUCGCCGCACCACCAGCAACAGCAUUGCCUCUCCUCGCCCUCGGCCGGCUCCCUGACGCCCUCGUCCUCCGGCGGAGGAGGCGGUGGGAGUAGCGGUGGCAACGGAGGCGGAGGAUCUUUGACCCCGUCAUCGGUUACCCCGCAGAAUAACGAAGAGGCCGCCCAGUUGCUGCUGUCCUUGGGACAGACACGCAUCCAGGACAUGCGCGCGCGGCCGCACCCCUUCCGCACACCCCACGCCCUCAACAUGGAACGGCUGUGGGCCGGCGACUACUCACAGCUGCCGCCGGGCCAGCUCCAGGCCCUGAACCUCAGCGCCCAGCAACAGCAGUGGGGCAGCUCGAACUCCACGGGCCUGGGCGGGGGAGCGGGCGGCCUGGGUGGCGGCGGACGGGUCGGCGGUGGCCUGGAGGCGCCGCACGAGCCCACCGACGAGGAUGAGCAGCCGCUCGUGUGCAUGAUCUGCGAGGACAAGGCCACAGGCCUUCACUACGGCAUCAUAACAUGCGAGGGGUGCAAGGGCUUCUUCAAGCGGACGGUGCAGAACCGAAGGGUCUACACCUGCGUGGCGGAUGGCACCUGCGAGAUAACCAAAGCACAGCGCAACCGUUGUCAGUAUUGUCGUUUUAAGAAGUGCAUCGAGCAGGGCAUGGUGCUGCAAGCCGUUCGCGAGGAUCGAAUGCCGGGCGGUCGCAACAGUGGCGCCGUCUACAACCUCUACAAGGUCAAGUACAAGAAGCACAAGAAAACCAACCAGAAACAGCAGCAGCAGCAGCAGGCGGCGCAGCAGCAGCAACAGGCCGCCGCCGCCGCCCAGCAGCAGCACCAGCAACAGCAGCAGCAGCAACAUCAGCAACACCAGCAACUCCAGCAACAGCAGCAACAUCCGCAGCUGCACUCGCCGCUGCACCAUCAUUCGCACCAUCAGUCGCACCACCCGCAACAGCAACACCAUCCGCAGCUAUCGCCGCACCACCUGCUCUCCCCCCAGCAGCAGCAACUGGCCGCCGCGGUGGCAGCAGCCGCCCAGCACCAGCAACAGCAACAGCAGCAGCAACAACAACUGCAGCAGCAACAGCAGCAGGCGAAGCUGGUGGACAUGAAACCGAUGUUCUUGGGUCCCGUGCUCAAGACCGAGGUGUUGCAAGCACCCAUGCAUAGUCCUGCCCAGCAGCAGCAGCAGGCGCAGCAGCAACUGAUGAGCUCCCCGCACCAGCAACAGAACCACCAGUCCGGUGCCUCUGGAAAUGGCAACGGUGCCGGCGGAGGAGGAGGAGGAGGAGGUGGUGCCCAGUUGCCGCCACAUCUGAUGAACGGAACGAUCCUGAAAACAGCUCUGACCAAUCCCAGCGAGAUUGUCCAUCUGCGACAUCGUCUGGACUCGGCGGUUAGCUCUUCGAAGGAUCGACAGAUCUCGUACGAGCACGCCCUCUCCAUGAUCCAGACCCUCAUCGACUGUGACGCCAUGGAGGACAUUGCCACGCUGCCGCACUUUAGCGAAUUCCUCGAGGACAAGUCCGAGAUUAGUGAAAAGCUGUGCAACAUCGGUGACUCCAUCGUUCACAAGCUGGUGUCGUGGACAAAGAAGCUACCCUUCUAUCUGGAAAUACCCGUCGAGAUUCACACAAAGCUGUUGACGGACAAGUGGCACGAGAUCCUCAUCCUGACAACGGCCGCCUACCAGGCAUUGCACGGCAAACGGAGAGGUGGUGGUGGCGAUACUGCUGGGAGUCGGCAUGGUUCUCCCGCAAAUACGCCCCUGGCCACGCCCACAGCCACACCGAUGCAGUCACCCGCCCAACCGUUGCACAAGGACGAUCCGGAGUUUGUGAGCGAAGUGAACUCACAUCUGAGUACCCUGCAGACGUGCCUGACGACGCUGAUGGGCCAGCCGAUCGCCAUGGAGCAGCUGAAGCUGGACGUCGGUCAUAUGGUGGACAAGAUGACCCAGAUCACGAUCAUGUUCCGGCGCAUCAAGCUCAAGAUGGAGGAGUAUGUCUGCCUGAAGGUCUAUAUCCUGCUGAAUAAAGCAGAAGUGGAACUGGAGAGCAUCCAGGAGCGGUAUGUCCAGGUGCUGCGCUCCUACUUGCAGAACUCCUCGCCCCAGAAUCCACAGGCCAGGCUCAGUGAGCUCCUCUCCCACAUACCAGAGAUCCAAGCGGCCGCCAGUUUGCUCCUCGAAAGCAAAAUGUUCUAUGUGCCCUUCGUGCUCAACUCGGCGAGCAUAAGGUAGCAGAUGCUUGAGC